CGUAAGGUGUUUACAUUCUUGGGGAAACUUUAAUAGACGCGAGACUUUCAAUACAGGUGUGACAUUACGUGUGUGUUAUGUGAGUUACAGGUAGGUGUUACGUGAUUAAUUAAUGCACGUGUGAGUUAAAAUCUGGUGUUACUUUACGAAAUAUUGAAAAAAAUUGUUAGAGGACGAAACAUUAUGAGAAUAUUAGUGACGAUAAGUUGUUUACAGGACGAAUCAUUAUGAAAACAUUAGUCACAGGAUGAAACAUUAUGAAAACAUUAGCAACAAGGUGUUUACAGGUUCAAAAUUAAUAAACGAGUGAGUAAGAAUGAGAUGGGGAACUGUAGGUGAGAGGUGAGGAGGCCAGUGUGGCGCGGCCUCACCUGUCAUGAGCAGCCCCAGGGAGCCACUGCAUGGGCGUGUUGGAGCUGACACUCUCCACCCUGGGAGCCACAGUCAGGAUGAAGCCCAACAGAAGAGUAUUGAAGAUAAUGCCCAACAGGUGACAGUUCAGGCUGAUGCCCAACAGAGCCACACUGAGGAUGAUGCCCAACAGAGCCACACUGAGGAUGAUGCCCAACAGAGCCACACUGAGGAUGAUGCCCAACAGAGCCACACUGAGGAUGAUGCCCAACAGAGCCACACUGAGGGUGGUGCCCAACAGAGCCACACUGAGGAUGAUGCCCAACAGAGCCACACUGAGGAUGAUGCCCAACAGAGCCACACUGAGGAUGAUGCCCAACAGAGCCACACUGAGGGUGGUGCCCAACAGAGCCACACUGAGGGUGGUGCCCAACAGAGCCACACUGAGGGUGGUGCCCAACAGAGCCACACUGAGGGUGGUGCCCAACAGAGCCACACUGAGGAUGAUGCCCAACAGAGCCACACUGAGGAUGAUGCCCAACAGAGCCACACUGAGGAUGAUGCCCAACAGAGCCACACUGAGGAUGAUGCCCAACAGAGCCACACUGAGGAUGAUGCCCAACAGAGCCACACUGAGGAUGAUGCCCAACAGAGCCACACUGAGGAUGAUGCCCAACAGAGCCACACUGAGGAUGAUGCCCAACAGAGCCACACUGAGGGUGGUGCCCAACAGAGCCACACUGAGGGUGGUGCCCAACAGAGCCACACUGAGGGUGGUGCCCAACAAAGCCACACUGAGGACGAUACUCAAGAGAGGGAGACUGAAAAUGAUGCCCAACAACGUGGCCGUGUUGAUAAUGAACCACACACAGGCACCACCACCAGCAACACUCUUAGUUAUAAUGAUCGUUACGCUGCCAGUAGUUAUAACAGGAGUCGCAACUUCAUUGUUCCCGACCGUGGCAGAUAUUACGUCAAUAGUGGUCCAAGUGGCACUGGUAGUUACUAUGAGGGUGGUGCCAAUGGUGGUCGUGGUGGUAUUUACUAUGAGAGUGGUGCUAGUGGUAGUUAUUAUGGGAAUGGUGCCAGUGGUAGUUAUUAUAGGAAUGGUGCCAGUGGUAGUUAUUAUAGGAAUGGUGCCAGUGGUAGUUAUAGGAAUGGUGCCAGUUAUUAUGGGAGUAGUGCCAGUGAUAGCGGCACACUCAACAGCAACAUUCAUGGGUACAGUGGAAGGAGAACAGACCCCCGUGAACAAGACUUCUUUAUCAGGCGGCCGGGCGAUGUGCCUCCUCCUGGUGGCGGUGUGUUACUACGAGGAUCUACCCAGGGUCGUCUCUAUAGCCUGGGAAGCAGCCUGAGCUCACUGAAUGACAAUCAAAGCUACAGCCGCGUCGUCCCUCGUAGUAACACCGACAGCCCUACAGGUCAUAGGGACUACGACCAGGUACGGAGUGGGGUGUAUCAGCGAGGUCAACAGGAGGUGCUUCGUGAGGGGGAGAGUCGUGUGUAUGACCCGGGGCGUCUCCUUCAAGGUCGCCUUCAGGGUCAAACCGGCAAUGAAAACUACACGAGCCGCGAAUAUAUCACAGGUGUUGGUCGUCGUCAGGACAGAACUUCAGGUCAGCAGGUUUAUAUCCGUCCCCGGGAGAGUUACUACAGCCAGAGGGGCACACAGAGAAAUAGUGACUCCAUCUUCCUCUACCGCCGCCCCGACAGUCGUGCAUCUCGUGUCUAUGGUGUCCCACGAGAAGUGUCGUUGCUUAUGGCUGCGUUACCUCGACAGGAGACCGGACCACUUCCUCAGAGGUCAUUGCAGUCCGACCACAUCUACUACCCCAACAACGCGUCUAGGAACUCCAAUUGGCACUCACGUCACCCCUUCGGCUCCUCACCUCAGGAGCAAGGCGCCUCUAACAACGGCCGAUGGGUGUUAAGAAGGAACUCUCUCCUCGCUCCUCAAAACCCUCCCAUGAUGUCAGGUAGAGACACACUGCUGCCUCACCUUACAGUAUCACCUCCUCAGAAUAAUCACCCAAAUAACUAUCCCCGAAGACUAAUAACUGGCCAAUCACACCCGUCCACCACCGUCCAAAGCUCGUCACAUCAAGACCUCAGAACGUCCAACUUCCCCCAACACUCCAUCAGAGGUCACACACUAGGUCGCACAGAGAUCUUGGGUCAAACGGGCCUCUCGAAUUCAUGGGGUCACACACAGCUCCCGGGAUACAGCUCUCGAGGUCACGUAAGCAAAAGAGAAUCCUGGAGUCAGACAGAUCCAAGACUCCUACAGGACCUCACCACCAGCCCCACGGAACCUCAGGGGGACAGUAAAGGUUCUCGGGGUCUUGGAGAGCCGGUAGAACCCCGGAGACGUACACAGCUCAGAGACGACCCCCGGGGUUACACAGAGCUUCGAAGUCACGUGGGUCUUUAUGAGUCCCUAGAAGAGACAGGUCACGCCGAGUCCCAAAGUCCCGAGACCCGCACCCCUAGGAGUUCACAGGGUCCCAUGGCCUCCCACACCAACACCCCCAGGAUAUCAAAAGUUCCCCAGAGCCCCCAAGACCACGGCUACGUCACCAGCAGCUCCCCAGAUUCCAAGAGUCCUCUCCCCCAGCACACGUCUUUUAGUUCGGCGGACUCUUGUUGCUCCCGCCGCCACACGUCCGCUACCACGGAGAGACCCACAGUUCGCCAAGCCGACACAAGGAACUCACAGGAACCCACGAGUGUUCCAGUUUUCACGCCCAGGAUCUUACAGGAGCCCUUGAGUUCUGAAGCCCAGAUAUUACUACGGGUUCUUGAGGCUCCUGAAGCCCACGCCAGCAUAGGCUCUCCUCGCUGCAGCUCUAAGACACCCCACGUCACCAAGAACAUCCACGGCCACAGUGUGAACGGCCGCCGAGUGACGUGUGGCUGCGCUCACGACCCCUGCUGCUUCGUCGCCGGCUGCCACUUCGACUGGCUCUCUGCUGCCGUCAGGAGGAUCAACUGGAAAUUCUGUAAGUACUCGGCCACGUGUCCUUCAGUUCAUCAAAGAGUUAUGUGA